AUGAAGUCCACCGGAGCACUCACGUUUAUCCUUUCCCUGGCAGCUGCGACCGGAGCAUCGCCUGUCGACCAGAUUUUCGGAAGGGCUGUUGGGGAUCAGUGCUCUGGCCCUGAGGGCAGUGGGACCUGUCAGAGUACUUCGAAAUGUGAGUACGAUGGUUGAAAUCUUCCGUACAUAUACCAGCAUUGACACAACUCGGCAGGCAAUGGGAUAUCUUACCCACAGGCAUUCUGCCCGAACGAUCCCGAUGACAUACAAGUACCCAAUCCCCCGGGCAAAAUCUUGAAUACCGUCACUAAUAUACACAAAGUGCUGCGUCGAAAUCUCCUGCACAGUUUCCGCCGGUACUGGCUUCUGCCGCAGUCUCUCCCACGACGGCUGUUCCGGCGGCACUUUCCACAAGGGUACCGGAGCUGUACGAUACCUCCCCUCCCCCUCCUCCCACCAUUCCAUCCAAAGCUAACCCCACCUUAGCCCUGGCCCUGCCCGGGCAGCGAUGACAUACAAUGCUGCGUCAAAUCAGGCGCCCAGGACCCCCCCGGAGGCGGAGGCGACGUCGGGGCCAGAAUCCUCGCGAAAGCCCUCACCGCCGCCGGCACCCCCUACGCCUGGGGCGGCGGGUCCUGCAACGGUCCAUCCGCGGACCAACCACCCUACAAGUACGGCGAUGUCGGCUACGACUGUUCCGGACUCCUUUGCUGGGCCGUAUGCCAAACCACUGGUCGCGACCUCUUCAAGGCCGGCCUCCGAGUCACGCACAGCAUGUACUGUGCCAGCGACUCGACGCUCGCCGCGAACGGGAUGCACAAGGUGGAUUACGGGCAAAGGAAGGCCGGUGACGCAGUCUUCUUCGGCGAUAAGUGUGAUUGCUCGCCCGGGAAUAGGGAUACUAUUCACCAUGUCGGGAUCAUGAUGUGAGCUUACUCCUUCCGGACUGGUGGCGAGUUCUAUGAGGGUUAGGGCUAACGUGCGGGUGAUUAGGGACUCGGGAACGAGGAUGUGGAACGCACCCAAUGAUCAGAUCAACAAGGUUCUCGAGUCGAAUAUCGCGACGUUUGGGGAGAAGCCGUGUCCGAGGGUUGUUAGGUUCUCGUGA